GCCAGCGACUUCCCGCCUUUUCUGGCGGGCGAGGGCCGGGCCAAUGAGGACGCGGUGACCUCAUCAGAUCUGCGUGUCACCGCGUGCGCAGCGGGGAGGGGAGGGGGUGUCGCUUUUAUACGGAGCGGGGCCUCCUCGCCCGCUGCUCAGAGCUCGGGAGCAGCCGGCCCAGCGCGCCGCACGGCGGUGCACCCCGGCGCUCCUCUCUGCGCCCCGACGCCGUCUUUCGGAAGCGCAGCCCGAGGUUGGUCUCUCCGCAGCCCGAGGUCGGUCUCUCCGCAGCCCGAGGUCCGUCUUUCUGCAGCCCGAGCGCGAGGCCCGUCUCUCCGCAGCCUGAGGUCGGUCUCUGCAGCCCGAGGUCGGACUUUCUGCAGCCCGAGGCCCGUCUCUCCGCAGCCCGAGGUCGGUCUCUGCAGCCCGAGGUCGGACACUCUGCAGCCCGAGUUCGGUCUCUCUGCAGCCCGAGGUCGGUCUCUCUGCAGCCUGAGGCCCGUCUGUCUGCAGCCCUUGCCCCGUCUCUCCGCAGCCCGAGGCCGGUGUCUCUCUGUCCGCAGCCCGAUGUCUCUGCAGCCCAAGCCCCAUGUCCCCGCGGCCCGACGCCCGAGCGUCCGCAGCCCGGGGUCUCCGCAGCCCGAGGCCCGUGGCUCCGCGGCCCGACGCCCGAGCGUCCGCAGCCCGGGGUCUCCGCAGCCCGAGGCCCGUGGCUCCGCGGCCCGACGCCCGAGCGUCCGCAGCCCGGGGUCUCCGCAGCCCGAGGCCCGUGGCUCCGCGGCCCGACGCCCGAGCGUCCCCAGCCGGGCCGCAGCCGGGCCGCAGCCCGAGGCCCCGCGCCGAGCGCCGCCGAGGCCCCGCGCGCGGCUCAGGGGGAGCCGUGGAGGGCGGGCCGGCCGCCCGAGGUCGUGCCGCUCGCGCAGCGCCCGCGCGGGGCUGGCCUUCUCCGUGUGCCAGAUGGAGCGCCUCCUGCGGGCCGGCCGCUACGCCAAGCGCCUGGGCGCGUCCGCCCCCAUCUUCCUGGCGGCCGUCAUCCAGUUCCUGACGGCCACCGUGCUGGGGCUGGCGGGCGACGAGGCCCGGCACAGGCGCACCGCGUACAUCACCCCGGAGCUCGUGGACCGGGCGCUGCACAACCACGAGCUGCUCAGCGGCUUGUUCACGAUGACCACCGUGUCCCAGGUGGCCCCGGCCCGGUACUAGCCGCCCCCGGCCCCUGAUGCCCGCCGCCGCCCGGGGAGCCGCCGGGGGGGCUCGGUGACCCCCGCGUCCCCGCAAUAAAAGGCGC